AUGUCGACGCAGACAGCAACCCAGAGACGCACGCACGGGCAAGUUCACCAGACACACCCAGAGACCACACACGCGCAGGUCACCAGACACGCACAGCAGUCACCAACACACCAUGAGACACACGAGCACCACGUCACCAGACACACCAGAGACACCGCACGGUGCAGUACACCAGACGACGGACCAGAGACCAGCGCACUUAAGCGAGUCCACCAGACGAGCGACCAGAAUGACACGCACGCCAGUCACCAGAACACACAGAGGACCACGCACGACGUGGAGGUCAGUCCAGAACGAAUUGAGCAUCGCCAGUCACCCAGACACACCAGAGAACACGUCGAACUUCACCAGACACACCAGAGACAACACACCAGUCACCAGACAGUCACCAGACCACACCAGACACACCAGAGACACACCACACACCAGUCACCAGACACACCAGAGACACACACACCAGUCACCAGACACCAGUCACCAGAACAACCAGAGAGCACAACACACAGUCGAGCCAAGACACACCAGACAGCAAAACACAGCCAAUCACCCAGACACACCAGAAGCAACACACCAGGUUCACCAGAGGACAGCAAAACACACCAGUCGAUAGACCACACCAGCAGAGACAAACACACCACCGCAGUCACCAACACCACCAGAGACGAGCAAAACACCACGUCACCUAGACACAACCAAGACCACACGACACCAAAGUCACCAGCACACCAGAGACACACGACAACAGUCACCAAGACACAAACCGGAGAGACACACACACCGAGCUCGACCAGUAUCUACACCAUGAGACACACACAGUUCACCAGACACACCCAGUAA